AUGUCCUCGACGUCGGGGCUGACACGGCGCCGUGGCGCCGGCGGAGGCGCCUUGGCAACCGUCGACGGCGAGGCCAGCAACGCUGCCUCGAGAAGCAACUCGGCCACCAAUGUCAGGGAUAGCGCCCCCGAGACGAGCUACGAAAACGGCGACAACGGCCACAAGAUCGCCUUUGACCCCCGGGACAUCAGCGAGAGCGCCGAGCGGGGCAAACAACCAAAACUGACCAUGAUGGAGGAGGUGCUGCUCCUCGGCCUCAAGGACAAGCAGGGCUACCUCUCAUUUUGGAACGACAACAUCUCGUAUGCCCUCCGCGGCUGCAUCGUACUCGAGCUCGCCUUCCGUGGUCGCAUCAGCAUGGAAAAGGAUCCCUCCCGACGCCGCUUCCCCCCAGCCGACCGCAAUAUCGAAGUCAUAGAUGACACCCUCACCGGCGAAGUCCUGCUUGACGAGGCUCUGAAGAUGAUGAAGCAGAGCGAAAAGAUGAGCGUCAGCUCCUGGAUCGACCUCAUGAGCGGCGAGACCUGGAACCUCAUGAAGAUUGGAUACCAGCUCAAGCAAGUCCGCGAACGCCUCGCCAAGGGCCUUGUCGACAAGGGCAUUCUCCGAACCGAAAAGCGCAACUUUCUGCUCUUCGACAUGGCCACGCACCCCGUGGCCGAUGGAGGCGCCAAGGAGGAGAUCCGUCGCCGCGUUCGAAACGUCCUGACCCAGCGAACCGUGGUCCUUAACAGUAGCCAGUUCCUGCCCGAGUCUCUUGAGUUUCGCUAUCUGCGCACCGUGUCCAUGGUCUGCGCCGCUUACGCCGCCAACGUCCUGGAGAAUGCCCUCUCGACACUCGGCCAUGAGGCCAGGGAGCGCGCCUUUGUUCAGACGGACGAGCUGCUGGCCGACUAUAGCCAGUGGCCGUUUGGCAAAAAGGCCGUGGGGAAUGGCAUUGGCGCCAACUUGCCGCAAGUCAUUGGAGAGGAGAUUGCCAAGGCCAAGGACAAGGAGUUGCAGCUCGAGGUGGUUGCCGCCUGCCUGAGCGUCUUCACGCGCCUCGACUCCCUGCUAUGA